CACGGCUUCCUCCUUCCCGGCCGCCCCUCCUCCUCCCCGCCCCCCCGCUCCAAGGCCGCUUCCUGCGCGCCGCCCCGCCCCGCCCCGCUCAGGACGUGCGUGGCGCGGCCAUGGCGGCUGUGGACAUCCGAGAUAAUCUGUUGGGAAUUUCCUGGGUUGACAGCUCCUGGAUUCCAAUAUUAAACAAUGGGAGCGUGUUGGACUAUUUCUCAGAGCGAAGUAACCCUUUCUAUGACCGAACAUGUAACAAUGAAGUCGUCAAAAUGCAGCGGAUGACCCUGGACCAUUUGAACCAGAUGGUUGGAGUGGAGUACAUCCUUCUCCAUGCUCAAGAGCCCAUUCUCUUCAUUAUCCGAAAGCAGCAAAGGCAAUCUCCAACACAAGUUAUGCCAUUGGCUGACUACUACAUUAUUGCUGGAGUGAUUUAUCAAGCACCUGACUUAGGAUCUGUCAUUAACUCCAGAGUUCUCACUGCAGUGCAUGGAAUUCAGUCGGCUUUUGAAGAAGCUAUGUCCUACUGUCGCUAUCACCCAUCCAAGGGCUACUGGUGGCAUUUCAAAGAUGAGGAAGAACGAGAGAAAACUAAACCAAAAGCCAAGAAGAAAGAGGAACCAAGCUCUAUUUUCCAAAGACAACGAGUAGAUGCUUUGCUUUUAGACCUAAGACAAAAGUUUCCACCCAGAUUUGUUCAGCAAAAGCCCGGAGAAAAGCCUGUCCCAGUGGAUCAAAUCAAAAAGGAACCAGAACCAGUCCCUGAAACUGUCAAGACAGAGGAAAAAGAGACUGUAAAGAAUGCUCAGAGUGCUGGUGCUAAAGGGCCACCUGAAAAACGAAUGAGACUCCAGUGAAGAGAGAAGCUGUUGCACAUCUGGAUUAGUCAGAACCUGGAAAACAGAAGAUUCUUGCUCCCUUUUAUUUAUAUUUAAGCUCUUCCACUGAGACUGAUAAUUCAGGGACUGAGAUUCCUGUAACAGCUUUUUCUGUAGAAACCUCUCAUGCAAAUGUUGAUGUCAAGAUGUGAGCUGCUUUAAAGGAGCUGUUUUCAGUCGUCAUCUUAUUUUGAAUGCUGACUUGUGAGAAUGGUUUUUACGUGGACAUGUUCAGCAGCUUCCUGAAAUCUUUACAAACUCCUGCAUCCUUUGUGUCUAGGUUUCCUUUGUAAAAAGAAAAAAACCCCUUUUGUAUAUAAAAAGGAAUUUGAAUUCUUGGCAAAUAAAGCUCCUGGCUGCUGGAA